CAACUAGAUACAAAUUAAGUUGUGUUCUAUUGAACUAGCACGUGUCCACAUAGCCUAUAUAUAAUUUAUUAAAACGUUUGAAAGCAUAUGCAACGUAUGCCAGCCAGCAGCAGUGACGUAAUUACUUGCGCUAUUAGGCUAAAUGAAUCUCUGAAUCAUUUUAAUCGGUUCUUUAAAACGAACUUUUCUAAAGAAUCGAAUCUCGAAAUUUGCACCAUUGUUUAGACCACCUAUCGGACAAUGAUGGAAAGACGUUCGUAAUAUUGUUCAGUUAUCGCUAUGGUGCUUAUCUGUCAUCUUAGAUAACACGUUUAAGUUUAAGUAGUUUUGAAAUUAAGCUCUUGUCGCUUAGCUGGAAGUCCAAAAUCCAAAUCCACGUUCACAUGAUUCAGGAAAAUAAAUCAAUUCCCAACGUUGUGUCAAGUUGUCGAUGCUUAUCACUGUCUUCAUAUGUCCCGUAAUAAACUUGACAAUUCAAAGUACGGAGUUUGUUUGCUAAACACAUGCUCACUUCCGCGACUCUGCUCUCGAAAACACAUGCCUCGGCGGGAAAGAAACAUUCGACGGGCGGCGUCUGUUGUGCGCAUACGGUUGUGCCACUAUGAUUGGUCUACCAUAAAUCGCUCGCUUUUCUCCGUUGGAAUGCCGCCUCUGAGGGCACUGGAGGGUACAGCUGAUGCCCGACGGGCAUAAAGGGAGGUAACCAAACAAGACGAGCCAGAUAGAAUCAGACUAUAAUGUCAACGCAUGAUGUGAAUUUGCAGCAGUCAAGUUGUCAAAGAGGAGUGAAAGCCAGCGAGACUUGCGUUCUCUCAGAUCAGGAGAGAUUUUACACACACACUGACAAAUCACGUUUUCAGAAUAAAAGUGAACAAGAGAAGUUACAUCCUGGACCAUCAGCUCAACACAUCCACAACAAGAAGGAUUUAGAAACAAGAACUACUGCAUCUUCACCACCACCAAUAACAUGCCUACAGAAAAGCAGCAAAAAUUUGCAGAUCAAGCAGAUAAUACAGCUGAGAUUUAAGAAAGACUCCGGUAGGACAUCUGAGGAACAGAAGGAAUCUGACAGAUUCACUUCCACCAUCUCUAUCAGACUUCCCAUCAGAAGAUGCAAAAAAGACACAGUUGAGAAAAAAACGUUGCAAGCCACAACUAAUCUUUACAGCACACUUGAAGAGGUUAAGAACACAGCUAAGCAAUACAAAACAGAGCAAAGGGACGUGUUUUCACCAACAGAGCAAUGUGGCAAAUCAACUGGUGAAUUAUUUAAGGAUGGGGAUUGGCCAAAAGCAACCUUUGAUGAAGACCACUUUAACACUCUGCAUCAACAUGUACCCAACACAACUAAGCAGGGACAAAAUAAAGGAAUACAACACAACAUAGGCCUUCAUGAGCAAACCCGAAUAAUCCACGACUCCCAAAGUCAUUCUACUCAACCUGUUUGUGAGGUACAAAAAGAAGUCAACAAGGAUUUUGGAGCCAACGACUGUAGAGAGAACGCCCCAGCAACUCAACUGUACCACAGUAAUCUGACCCCCAUUGUCGUGGACAGUGGACUAAAAGCAAGCACCGAUUCCCAAUUUAUUUCGUGCCAUGCAGAAGUGCAAAACCAGGCUUGUCAUUAGCCUCUUUUACUGCACUUGAUUCUGAAAAUACUCUUGAUCCAGAACCUAGUCUUUACAAUCCUUCAUCAGCUAUGUUGACGUCUGCCCUGGCCUCUGUUCUUGCUCCACCUUGGAGUAGUCGUCUUCGAAGACCCAAGCAAGACAGCAAUGAAGUUGAGUACGUACCCCAAAAUUCUGGACAGAAUAUCAACCCAUCUAACUUAUUUCGCCAGGAUUGGCAGCAACAACUUUUUUUACCUUCCCAGAGGCAACCAUCAGAACACGUGUUGGCCAAUGAUAAUGAAAUGCAGUUAACUGCUGGAACCAGCUUUAACUCUCCUGACUGGCAAAAAGAGAACAAUUCCCCGAAUGUCACAACCACAGUACAGACAAAGAGACCCAUUUUAAAAUCAUCCUCUGUGGGCACGAUGUACAACAAUACAGAAUUAUAUCCUUUUUCCACACCUCUUGACACUUGUCAGGCACCAAAUUCAGCCCAUUCAGGGUACAGAAUAUCCAAAACUGGAGAGGAACAUGGCCCUUUCAAGUCAUUGAGCUCCAAGCCAACAACAAGCAGCCUACUUCUCUCCUUAAGGAGGACACAUUUGAGAAGCUCCAGUGAUGAGCCCACACAAACACAGACUCCGAUAACAAGGUCUGUCAGAACCCUUACAUUGCCUAGCAGGACUGCUUUGAAAACUCAAUUGUUUGCCCAUUCUGUUACCACUGAGGACAAAACCAGCAAAGACCCAGACACUCCUACAAGAACAGAGGAAAUACCAGUCAGUCAAUUCCCUUUCUCAUCAAGAAAUAAGAGUAGAGUGCCGUUAAGGACACCGCUGUUACAAAACAAACCAGAGACAGAAAUCUCAAGGAGACUGGAAACUUCUGUUGCCAGAGCAGAGGAGGAACAUUUACCACAAUCCACGACCAGAACGGGACAAAUUGGGGUUCUCAAAACCCAACAGAGUUCUUAUUUAGUUCUUUUGAGGGAAUAUUCUAGUACAGAGGACAUUGAUCCUGUGGAACAAAGUAAUGUAAACAAUGCCACCCUGCAAACCUUCAAUAUUACAAAAGAAAAAAUAACUCCACACACCACAAUUUCUCCCAAAGAUUCAACUAAUUUUAAUGUUCAACAAUCCAGCUUUAAUGUUCGAAAUUUAAAAUCACAAAGCACACAAAAUUUAAUGGCCAGCAAUUCUUUGGCCACAAGCACCUUCACAGACAGGCUUAACUACUCCCCUAGGAAAGACUCUUCUGUAGAUGGAAUAAGCCCAACAACUGUGGGACAGAUAUAUCUGGACUCUAAGAAACAUUCUCAGUCAAGUCAAAGCUCGAUGGAUCUUUCAAGCCCUCUUUCUCCAAGCAGACCUCCCAGAAGUGUCAGAGUACCAAGCAUCUAUUCAUACCUUCGAGAGUCCAGCCCGGCUGUAUCCACUCCCUUCCCUUCCACCCAUUCUCCCCCCUUACAGAGAGCUAAAACUUUGCCUCCUAUGCAAGAUGGAGGCGUAACACUACAGGGUGACCAGAAGAUAUUUCCCUCAAGAUUUUCGUUCGACAACCCAUUGGCAUUACAAAGUUCUUAUGGCUCCAGCUCUCAUAUAGCCCCAGCUCAAUCUCUGCCUCCUGAUUUUGGAAGAGGAUCAACACCUCGUCUCAGCACUUCUCCAUAUUCUAGCCUCUUCUCCUCAAGACCUGCACUCAACAACACUUUACAAGGACUGUCCUCUCCACCUGUGUCUAAAACACACACCAGAUCUACAUCUUAUGAUAUUGUAACAACUCACGCUGACCUUAUAAAAGAUGACCCAAGCACUUCACUAUCGAAAUACACAAGGAUAACAAGGAGACCAAGGGAACAAUUAGCUUCACCUAACAUAGAACAUAGGACAGCUGUUCAAGCUUAUACAAGCACCCUAGAUAAUCACAGACCUGCCCAGCCAUGCCUCUCACAACCUGCACAAGAUACAAGUUUUGUCAUGGAAAGCCAAAGCGCAAAUAUAAGCCUACACCCAAGGCAGUCCAACACAGGCUCGAACAACUUACCCCAUCAGGAACAAGGCUUGAUGGCACUUCAUCUUGAUAAGGGUACUGCUUACCCCAAGCAAAAACUGAGAGAGAAAGAGAAGGAUUUACUACUGAAUAAGCUCACAGUAAAAAGUGAGACUCAACUUACAGCUGAGAAAGAGACUGCAGCUGUGCAUAUGCAUGAGAGAUUGCAGGAAAUACAGAGUCCCAAUUCAAAGAAAGGCCUCUUUGCUUCACGAGUUAAGAAAGACAAUGCCUUCUCUUCUGCGUCUUUGCCAGACAAAGAAGUUGUUAGUCCCCAGUAUUUAAAAACCAAAAGACAUUCGCCAGUGUUUAAAACAAGCAGCAGGGUAGACCAGAUAUUAAAUCGUUUAAAACUGACAUUUGGUGUAAAACGUUCAGACGGCGCACUUGACACAAUCACGAAAAAGAACAAGCCCCCCACCCAGCAACACUUAGAAUCUGAGACUUUUGAAAAAUCCAAGGCCGAGAAGAAAACAUAUUCUGGAAGCCAAGGGGGGGCCUCUAACUCUUCUUUAACAUCCAAUAAAGACUUUUUGUCACCACUAACAUUUAAUAAAUAUGAGAAUACCUUAAAUAUGGAUUUGCAAAACAGGUCUACAACUGAACAAAGUAAUUCUGGGUGCACGUGGGAGGCCCCUGACUCAUCUUUGAGCACUGAUCAAGCAUAUUUUGCCACUUUUGGGUCCUUGUCACCCUCACCAUUAAAAAAAUCUUCUGAGAAUAAAUUAAAUGGUAAUCAGCAAAAGAGGAAUAAUGAUGAAAAUGGAAACUGCUCUUAUAGCAGGAGCUUUAGUCUGAACAGGCUAAAUGCCCAUGAUAUGAACCAUUAUUCCACCUUGCCACAUUACAGAAAAUCCUCCCUCAGUCCCCAAUCACCCUUUUAUUUGUUUGAUUUUGAUUCAGAAGACACUCAGAGUGACAAUGUGUUUUAUAGUCCAGUGAGCAAAAAAACGAAUUCGCUUUUUGAGUCUGAUGACUUCUCUCCAUUGAGCUCCGCCAAGAGUUCAGAGCAGAAAAACCUUGUGAAGUCUCGAUUGUCCUUGUCGUGUGCUGACUUAAAGUAUGGUCUGCAUAAUGGACGAUCUUUCUCAGUCAGCAAUAUAGUUUCAAGCCGCCCAUCGGGUCCUGGACGAAUAUCAACAAGCAGCGUUAGCGACCUCUCAAGUUUGGAUGACUUGGUGCCAAAGGAAAAUUAUUCAAUAGUUGACUCUCCAUUGAGUAGCUAUUCCCCAAGCUAUGAGUCUAGAUCUAUCAGUGGUAAACAGUCUCAACCUAGAUAUACAGAUGAUCUUGAUCAUGCUGACCCAACCCCCCCUCCAUCACCAACUUCAUCCUCUUCACCUCGAAGGAUAUCCCAGGCUCCUGCUAUGUCUUCCAUCACGAGGACAACUCCAGAAAAUCUUUCUCCUUCUCGGAGUAUCCUGCCAUCUAGGAGCUACUCAACCAGCUUGGCUGUUUUUGAGGAGUCUGGUUCUGACACCACAACAGAUGAUGAAUAUUAUGUUGACAGUGGUGAUGAUGAGGUAGAAACAGAACUUUAGAGGAGAAAAUUAUCUUCAAUUCCAUGUUGUUGAUGUGUUUACGUACAUUUGGAAAAGCUGCAGCAAAAUUAGGCCUCUAUUAAACCAACAGAUCUAAAUUGUAAAAACAAGUAGGAAUCAGGACAUAUAUUAAUAGAAGGAAUUAUAAUUAUAUCAGAAUUAUUAGAACCUUUCAUUUAUCAUACAUUUUUUUAUGCUGUAAAUACUAUGGGAUUUUUUACUCUACAGUGCUUGAGGAUAACCAUGUUUGAUCUAAUUAUGAAUGUAUUUACAAUACAGAACAAUGCACUGUUGUUUCAAUAAGUUUUUGAUAUUUUCUUGAGGCUCUGAAAUGGUGAGUUCUUACAUCUUUCCUUUUGUUGAGGGCUGCCUCCUGUUUCAGUGUAUUUAAAAGCACAGCUUUUCUGUCACAAUACAUACUUUUACUGACAGACAGUCUAUAGUCAGUAGCCUGUCAGCUUAGUAGCUGAACCACAACUGUUAAAUGUUUUUGAAUGUUUUUUUAACUCAUACGGCCUCAUUAAAAGAGUCAGAAAACAGAACAGAAAAAUAGUCGCCCCUACAACAUUAGGGUGCCAUCGUGAUUCCACCUCAGUUAUGACUAACUCUAUGCAGAUUAUGACAUUACAUGUAAUGUUAUUGUUAAAAGUAAAUGUUAUUAAAAAAAAAAAGUAGUGGACUCUGGCAAAUGCAAAAUCCACAGUGUGUUAAUUUGAGAUUUAAAGUGACCUCUCAUAAACUUUUCAAAAGACCAAUGUUAGAACAAUGUUUGCUGUAUAAUGUAAUUAUAAAUGUUUGUGUGCAACUCGGCUUUGGGAGUGCAAUCUUAAUGGUUCAUUUAUUGUAAUUUAUUAUGCUGGGCAGGGGGUCUGGGAAUAAAUUCUCCCCUAGAGCCUAAGGGACUUCCAUAAGACAAUUGCAGCACUGAUCACAACACAGUACUACUAAAGGCUGUAGGGCUGUAGCUUUAACUUUUUUUUUUUUGUAAGAUUGUUUUUUGAAUGUCAUCAUUAGUAACAAUAUUGUGAUAUUUAUGAAAAUGUAAUAUAUUUACUACAUAUGUGAAAAAUGAACUAUGUAAAAUAAAAUAUAACUUGUAAAUGUUUAACUUUGUCUGCAAAGUUAAAAUGCUAAGCUAAUCUUUUAAUACUUUGAUUAGUACAAAGUACAUUCCGUUUUUAUCUCAGUAAACAUAAAAAUAUAUAAUAACACAGAAACGUCUCAUUAAAACAACCUUACUCUGUUGUGUCUUGUCAACAUGCCAUCCCUGAAGACAUUGUUCACCCAAAAAAAUAUAAUUUUGGCAUAAUUUACUCAACCUCACAUUGUUCGAAACAUGUAAAUGCGUUUCUUUGUUCUGUUGAACACAAAGGUAGACAUUUAAAAGAAUGUU